AUGCUAACAGCACCGGGAAUAUAUGCAACCUCCUUGCAUUCAUCUCCUGCUCCGUUGCCUGACAAGUACGCAAACGGCAGUAUGCGCCCUUCAACGCAGUCCUCGUCCUCGGCAUCUCCAGCCUCCACGAGCCAGACGCCCAUACAAACUUCACCUACGACUCCCUCUACAGCACCAGAGAACACAUCACAGCUAUUACCACUUACUCCAAGACCACUGCCAAAAGUCUCAGACAUCCCAGCCCAGAUCCCGGACUUUGACGCACUAGUAGCCGAGCUCAGGCGGCAACUUGGCUUUACCUCCGGCAUCGACUCUGCUGAUGUCGACGUCGAGAACCUGAAGGAGGCCAUGCGCAGAUAUAUCUCGAGUCGUAAGGAGUGGGGGAAAUUUGCUCUUGAGGAUCCGUCGCGGAAUUAUACUAGGAACGGCGUUGAUACGUUGAACGAGAAAGCAAAUUUACUGGUUUUAGUAUGGAAUCCCGGCAAAGGGUCGCUAAUUCAUGAUCAUUCAAAUGCACACUGCGUGAUGAAAAUACUAGAAGGCGAACUUGUCGAGACGCAGUAUAAAUUCCCAGAUCCCAACGCACCGCCGCGACCGAUGGACAAGCAAAAAGUCACAGAGUACGGCAAAGACGAGGUCACAUACAUAUCGGACGAGAUAGGUCUGCAUCGGAUGAGUAACGAGACUGAUAAGAUUGCCAUCUCGUUGCAUUUGUAUACGCCGCCUUGGGCAGCGAAAUAUGGGUGCUACUCGUUCAAUGAGAAAACUAGCAAGCAGAUAUGGACAGAUCUAUCGAAUCUGUACAGCGACAAGGGAGUUCUCUGUGGAAAAAUGUCCAGCCAUGUUUGA